ACAACCUCUCUCCGUUGCCUUAAGAUUAUUAUUAUUAUUUUUUUUAAUGUUGCUUUAAACGAAGCUUUGAUGAAUUAACACUCAGUGCCGACGGAGGAAAGGAGAGAAGAGGAAAGCCCCGGUGCACUUGCUGCUUUACACUGCAGCACAAACCAGAGGAAGUCAUCCGGAGAAUGGAGUCUCACGCAUCCUGAAAGCCUCUUAAUGACAUUGCCCUUCCAAUUAAACACUUCCUAAUCGUUUGUUGGACUUCUUUACGCAUAUUUUCCCUCCCUAAAGGGUGAACAAUGAGGACUACUACUACUGCAGUGGACUAUUUUUACUAUUGCAUGCUCAUUUUGCAGCUGCUUGUGCAUCAGCCCGCUGCAAAGCAAGUGCUCCUGUACCGCCUGGCUGAGGAGGGACCCGCCGAUGUCAGAGUGGGCAACGUUGCCGCCGACCUGGGCAUAGUUGCCGGGUCGGGGGAAGUGACAUUCACCUUAGAGUCUGGCUCGGAAUUCUUCAAAAUAGACAACAUCACAGGUGAGCUCAGCACCAACGAGAGGCGAAUAGAUCGUGAGAAACUGCAACAGUGCCAAAUGAUCUUUGAUGAAAACGAGUGCUUUAUAGAUUUUGAAGUGUCUGUCAUCGGACCAGCUCAGAGCUGGGUUGACCUCUUCGAGGGGAAAGUCAUCAUAUUAGAUAUAAAUGACAACACUCCGUCUUUUCCGUCCCCUGUCCUGACCCUCUCUGUGGAGGAGAACAGACCCAUUGGAACCCUUUAUCUGUUGCCCACAGCCACAGACAGAGAUUUUGGCAGGAAUGGAAUAGAGAGAUACGAGCUCAUCCAGGACAACGGGGAGAACUCGAGACGCAUGGGGUCGUCUGGGGAUUCGUACUCUGGGAAGAGGAGAUUUGAGGACGGUGCGAGCAGGAGCAGUGUGUUUGAACUGCAAGUUGCUGACACCACUGAUGGGGAGAAGCAGCCUCAACUCAUCAUUAAGGGGGCCCUGGACAGAGAGCAAAGAGACUCCUAUGAGCUCACGUUACGUGUGAGAGAUGGAGGCGACCCCCCUCGCUCCUCUCAGGCCAUUUUGAGAGUUAUGAUCACUGAUGUGAAUGACAACAGCCCUCGGUUUGAGAAAAGUGUGUAUGAGGCUGACUUGCCAGAAAACAGCUCCCCCGGCGCCCCUAUCCUGCAGCUAAAAGCGGCUGAUGCAGACGUGGGGGUUAAUGGUCAAAUCGAGUAUGUGUUUGGGGCAGCCACAGAGUCUGUAAGGAGGCUGCUGAGGUUGGAUGAGAGCACUGGGUGGCUGAGUGUGUUGCACCGCAUUGACCGUGAAGAAGUGAGUCAACUGAGGUUCACCGUAAUGGCCCGUGACCGAGGUCAACCACCCAAAACGGACAAGGCCACGGUUGUGUUAAACAUCAAGGAUGAGAACGACAAUGUUCCCGCCAUUGAAAUUCGAAAAAUUGGACGCAUUUUCCUCAAAGACGGAGUGGCCAAUGUUGCUGAGGAUGUGGUGGUGGACACGCCCAUUGCCUUAGUUCAGGUGUCAGACCGAGACCAGGGGGAAAAUGGCAUAGUGACCUGCACAGUGGUUGGGGACGUUCCCUUUCAGCUCAAACCGGCCAGUGAGAUGGAGGGUGAGCAAAAUAAAAAGAAGUAUUUCCUCCACACGUCUGCACCUCUGGACUAUGAGGCCACACAGGAAUACAAUGUGGUCAUAGUGGCUGUGGACUCUGGAAGUCCCAGUCUGGCAAGUAAUAACUCUCUUAUUGUCAAAGUGGGUGACACUAAUGACAACCCUCCUAUCUUCAGUCAAAAUGUAGUAGAGGUGUCCUUUCCUGAAAACAAUGCGCCUGGUGAGAGGGUGACAAGAGUGACAGCUGCUGAUGCAGACAGUGGGAAAAAUGCAGAACUAGCCUAUUCUCUAGAUUCAUCAGUAAAUGGGAUUUUUUCUAUUGAUGCAGACAGUGGAGACAUCAGAGUAAACACCAUUCUGGAUAGAGAGCAAACAGAACGCUAUGAAUUUAAAGUGAUAGCUAAAGAUAAGGGCAUAAACACCCUUCAGGGUUCUGCGACUGUGGUUGUACUUGUGGCCGAUAAGAACGACAAUGACCCGAAGUUCAUGCAAGAUGUUUUCACCUUCUAUGUCAAAGAAAAUCUUGAUCCAAACAGCCCAGUUGGCAUGGUUACGGUGAUUGAUGCAGAUAAAGGCCAGAAUGCAGAGAUGGGUCUUUUCAUUGAAGAAGAAGAGGAGAUCUUUUCUAUUGAGAAUGAAACUGGAACUAUUUUUUCCACCCUGUCAUUUGACCGAGAGCAAAAAACCACAUACACAUUUCGUGUUAAAGCUGUGGAUGGUGGUGACCCACCCAGAUCUGCCACAGCUACGGUUUCACUCUUCGUCAUGGAUGAAAAUGACAACGCACCAACAGUCACCUUCCCAAUAAACAACUCCUUCACUCUGCUUCAUCCUUCCAGUAGCAUUAGAACAGUAGUCCGAGCUGUCAUAGCCACUGAUACAGACACUGGCAUUAAUGCAGACCUGAACUACAGCAUCAUUGGGGGCAAUCCCUUCAAGCUUUUUGAAAUUGAUGGGGGCACUGGGGUCAUUUCACUAAUGGCAAAGCUGGAGCAGAAGCAUUAUGGCCUCCACAGACUUGUGGUCCAGGUGAAUGAUAGUGGGCAGCCUUCCCAGAGCACCACCACUCUGGUUCACGUGUAUGUUAACGAGACUAUUUACAAUUCAUCUAUUGUGGAGGCCCAGGUGGCUAAAAGCUUAAGCACAUCUCUUAACACCAACAUUGCAGGUGACCCCAACUAUGAUCUAAGCAAACAACGCUUAAGCAUCGUGAUUGGAGUAGUUUCAGGCAUUAUGACAGUCAUUCUUAUCAUACUUGUUGUUGUCAUGGCCCGUUAUUGCCGCCCAAAAAAUAAGAAUGGCUAUGAGGCUGGGAAGAAGGAUCAUGAAGAUUUCUUUACGCCACAGCAGCAUGACAAAUCUAAGAAGCCCAAGAAAGAUAAGAAGAAGCAAAAAUCCAAACAGCCUCUCUACAGUAGUAUUGUCACAGUAGAGGCCUCCAAACCCAAUGGGCAACGGUAUGAUGGCGUCAACGAGAAGCUUUCUGACAGUCCUGGCAUGGGUCGCUACCGUUCGGUCAAUGGCGGGCCGGGCAGUCCAGACCUGGCACGGCACUACAAGUCCAGUUCACCACUUCCCACUGUUCAGCUUCAUCCACAGUCACCAACAGCUGGAAAAAAGCACCAAGCAGUUCAGGACCUGCCUCCUGCCAAUACAUUUGUUGGCACCGGAGAUAACAUUUCUCUUGGAUCUGACCAUUGCUCCGAGUACAGCACUCAAACUAUCAACAAAUACAACAAACAGCCGUUCCGCCGAGUGACCUUUUCGGUGGUGAGCCAGCCCCAGGACCCUCACCAGCAGGGAUCACUGCAGAGCUGCUACGACAGCGGCCUGGAUGAGUCGGAGACACCCAGCAGCAAGAGUUCUUCGGGCCCCCGGCUGGGCGCCCUUCCCCUGCCUGAGGACAGCUACGAGAGGACAACGCCGGAUGGCAGUGUCGGUGAGGCAGAGCACAUGGAGAAUGACUCCCGGCCGUUGCCUGACGUAGCCAUGACUGGCAAGUGCACCAGGGAGUGCAACGAGUAUGGCCACUCGGACUCCUGCUGGAUGCCUGUGCGCACGUCGCCAGAGCGACGGCCAUCCAAGUCGGCCUCCAACCCCCAACAACCAAAGCUUUCCACUUUCAUGACUGGAAACGGCAGCAGCAGCAGUAGCGUCGAGCAGCCUGGCAGCCAAGAGACCCUCGCCAUGGCCGCCAUGGCCAACGGGGACCCCGCAGCCGCUCACAUGAUGGGAGACCGCAAUCGUAACCUGCUCAAUAAGAAGAUGGCCUCCUCCUCUUCCUCCUAUGAGGCCUUUGGCUCGCCUUCCUACGGCUCCCCAGGAGGUGUUGAGGAGACACUGGGACACCCCACUGAGGAGAUCCCCCUUGCACCCACUGGAGAAUACAAGCCAACGUCCUGCGGUACCUUGACACGACGGGAGGUGUACCUGUGAGCUUGAAGUCCUUCGUGAAGCUCAAGUGCCACAACAUGUGGCGUUUAAACCCAUAACUAAGGAUAGCUGCUUACCCAUAAAUGUUACAGCUGUAGAUGUUUUUGGCCACACAGAGUAGGACUAAACCUUCUCCAUAGACUUUUACAAUAAACUUCUUGAUGUAAAAUCUGAGUGGAUAUACAAACAUAGUACCAUUUUAGAGUGCUAAUUCUGGCCCUAUUGAGGAGAAGUAGAGGAGGAGAAACUAUUCUACUGACAGGUUGUGCUUUUGGGAGAGUCUGCUGCCUGACGGUCAAUCUGUACAAUAAAUCAACUCAUUUUAGAUAUACAGCACACGCAUGAGUAAUCCAUGUUCCCAUCAGGGGGCCCUCACUUUCAGAAAACAAUGUAUAAAUGAGCCCAUAUUUCCCCUCCUUUUAUUUGUUUUUUUCUAAAAUCAAAGCUGUACAACAAAACUGCUCUGACUUUUUUUUUUAGUGACUCUGGAUAUGCCUUUUUGUUUUAGAACAAUGCAAGAAACAGUCUGGCCAAGAUGCUCUGUGGUGAAUGGAUUCUUAUGAUUGACCACACUGGACCAUGAAAUCUGUCAUCUUGAAUGUUUGCAGUUGAAGUUGCAAACCAGAAGUUGACCAAAUUUGAGUCCUAAAAAGGAUUGGAAGAGACUAAGCUUUAAAACACUCUGUCCUCUUUUUGAUAUGGAGACUUGGGGAGAAGUAGGAGCCAAAGGAAUUUGCUGCAACUACACUUUGGCUGAACCACAACCGGACUUACAGACUACAAUGAACUUUGUGUUGACUGACCAACAGCGUGAGCGCUUCUCACAGGUGUCAAUCAUUGUACAUAGCAUUGGACUUUAGUGACAGUGCUAACUGCUCCCAUACCCUUUUGUUCCCAAUUCCUAUCUUUACACACUUUUUCAUUAAUUGUCUUUAGUUGGCGACAAUGAGACUUACGCCUCUUGAGAAAUGCAAGACCUUAUGCCUACAAUCACAUCAACUCGAAAAGCAUGGAGUUUUUUAUUUAUUUGUUUUAUUUUAUUUCGGAUCAUACUAACGAGAUGGUAUUAUACCAAGUUAGAAUAUCUGUUUUGGUAAAGCAAGCAUGGAGACCCACAUGUAAAUGCAGAAACAGAUUUCUUUAACUGAGAAGGCUCCUAAUGCUAUACUGAUUAAAAUUCUGGGUGAACAUGGUCUUUUGGAUAAGAUUGCAAUGCACUGUGAAAGUUCUGUGUAUUGACCCAUACAGUGCAUCCGUCAUAGACUUAACGCGUAAUUACGGCAGAGCUGGUCUUAAACAGUUGCAAGGACAGUGUUUUAAAAUCUUUAUUUUUUUUUUUUUGUAUUUGCGUUAUAGGACUGAGCAAUAAAUAGCAUAAUGUACAUGCGGCCAACAUUAAGCAUCAAACUCUUCACUCUUUCUUAAAGCCUUCAAGAUGACAUUGGUCCACAUACAUCUCUGUCAAAGAAUCCUUUAAACACUCGUAGUUGUUGCUUUUCUUUGCAUGAAUGUAAGAAUCAGCUCUGUAAAGAACAAUCAAAAAGCAACUUUUGUACGAGAAGACACUGGGAGGUGUUCAGAUUUUGCGCUGAUGAAUUUGGUGUCAAAGUGAAACCACACUUCCCCAAACAGGAUGAAGCAUUCCCAUUUCACACCGUAAGAAAGAAGCUUUCUGGGAGAACUUUGCCUAUGUAUAACUUUUCUUUUUUCUAAUGAAGGAUUGAAUGAUAAGAAUGUGAUGUCUCAACAAAACACCCACGGAACACUCAGAGCUGAUGCAUAACACUCCAGUAUUGAGAUGUUGUGCCUCCUGUUUGUUUGUUUGUUUGUUUUGUUUUUUUUGCAACUGCACAGGCACAAGUCUCAUUCCUGUAAUUGAAAAGAUUAUCAGAUGCAAUGGAACUUUUUUUUGUAUUUUAGCAAAACUCCUUUUUGGUUUGACCGGAGGCGCUUUUUUUAUGCACUCCGGCGAUCUAUAGUCUGUAAGUACUACUUGUGAAAGAAAGUGCUCCUAUACUUAUCAACUGUAUACAUAAAUAUUUACUUUUUACUUGCACGUUUAAUGGGAACUUACUUCACUUAACUGAGAAAGAGGACAAAAAAACCUGUAAAACAAAAUGUACAAAAAAAAAAAAAAUGUUUUCCUGUAAACAUGGAAACCCAUCUUGUUGCUUGCAUUCGUUUGUACUUGAAGACACAUUACCCAUGUAAAACAUAAAAAA